AUGGCAAGCCGAUCACAAAGCAGGGUUCGAUCCCCCGAGAACUCCGAGACUCAAAAGCGCCGACGCCGUUCUCCCAACGAGUUAGUAUGGACACAACCACGAACAAUUCCGGCCAAUCUCCAUAAAAAUGUUAGAAAAGUGUCAAAAUCGCCUGAGAUGCCCAAGAAAGACAACACAGUACGAAGAAAUUCAGGACUUCAAGAACAGCAAAAAGCAAUGUCGAGUUUGUUGACACCACCCACUCAACCAAAGGAUCUUCCUGGUUGGAAAAUGGAUCUGGAUCUGUUUGACCUGGGAAGCGCACCCGAAAUGACCGACGAUAUGGUUGUUCAAAACCUCUUCAACUUCUCCGACAACCCUGCUUUAAUCACACCACCUUCCAUGGAUCAACAUUCCAUGCCCUUCAACAUGGACCCGAGUUUCAUUGACAACCACAUGUCUGUUCUCGGCAGUGACGGGACAGACUCGAGUGAAGGUUCCUUGCACGGAUUAGCAGACCCCCGUGUGAACCUGGCUGGUCUCAAUGGCUUCAGCGCCAUUCAUCUUGCUGCGUAUUUUGGAAAAUUCUCCAUAAUUCGCCUCCUACUAUCUACUUGCCCCGAAGAUGUGGAUCUCCUCAACCACGAGGCCCAAACCCCUUUACACAUCGCCGCGGCCGAGGGCCACUUCGAGGUCAUCCCGGAACUUCUCCGUGCUGGAGCCAACACUCUCAUUCAAGAUAUUAAUGGACGCACUGCCUUGCAUUUGGCAGUGUCAAGGGGCCAUUUUGAUGUUGCUCGUCUAUUGUUGGAUGGCACACAGGGUCACUCCAUUAUUCACAUGGCAGACAGCGCAGGGCGGAGUUCUCUACACCACGCUGUGCUACAAGAAAAUGGUGAAAUUGUGCGAUUAUUGUUAGAGCGGGGUGCUGAUCCCCGUGUGCCUGUUGGUUAA